AUGUCUACAAAAUUAAUCAUUGCUUUUAUUGCUGCCAUUCUUGCUAUUGCUUCAGCUUAUGGACAAUUUAGUUAUGGAUAUGUACCUGGACAUUAUGGAUUUGGUGGUUUUCCAUAUGCUGGAUAUUUAGGAUUUAGAAAAUUAGGUUAUAAUGAAUUUCCAGGAUUUUCUAAAUUUGGUUAUGGAUAUGGAUAUCCAUAUGGAGGAGUUUCUACCCAUAAUUAUUCUCCAUACUAUCAUGGACAACCAGUUGGUGAAUAUGGUCAUCCAUAUUUUGGAAAAGACGUUAGUUAUGCUACCCCAUACAAAGGAUAUGGAUAUUAUGGUUCCCCAUAUGUAGCCGUUGAUUCAGCUGCUGCCACUUCAUCUUCAGUUGUUGGAUAUUAA